AUGUGCAAUUACUACAAGACGUCGAUGACAGCGACCAUUCAUUCCUCCAAGACCUCGACCUAUUUGACCACUGCCAAUUUAUCAGACGGAUCGUGGCGUGGAAGCCAACAGAACUUCAUUCUGAACUUCAAGGAACAAGGUCGAAUCUACAACGACACCUCUGUGCAUGACAAGUACUCCGAUGGACAACUAAUACAGUUCCUUGAGCAAGCUGUCUCUGGCGUACCCAACCUAUCCGGUGCACGACGCGUGGAUAUGCUCGCACGUAGCGCAGCCAAGAAUGAGGACACCUACAGCUUUGAAGAUUACACCACAAGCCUGCUCUCGCUAGCAGCCAUCUACGACGCAGCUCACUCUGCAAACGUGCAUGACAUUAUCGAGAAAUCCCGGAUCUUUGAACCCGAUCACAACGAUAAGCCAGCCCUGGAAGUUUCGUCUCACACCUUGGAUGAGAAGAAGAACAAAGUAUCUUCGGACACGGAUCUUUUGCAUCUCGCUACACAUGUUGUACAAGACUCAACUACUAUACCCAACCUUCUGUCAGGCAACAUUGCCAAUGUUCAAUCUCAACCUUCAUCUCGCAACGUUUCCUUUAGCAAUGAAUUACGAUACCAUGAACUUAACCGAUCCGCAUACCAAUCAUACUCUCAUGAGAUGCAUGCCGACGACAUUGAUGACGGAUUCAAGACUGAUAGUGAAGACGAUGCUGUAUCACAGCUAUAUAUCCCUGAAGCUUGA